CGCUACUAGGAGCAAAUCGGACGGUGUGCGCUGCUUGGGCCGAUCGGUUGGUCCUUCGACGUCAUGGCCUUGGCACCCCCAUGGAAAAAGCCCAGGAGCGCAGGGCCCGUCGUCUGGUGGAUGCGCAAUGACCUGCGCCUGCAGGACAAUCCAGUGGCCCGAACUGCUGUGGCUGAAGCGCUCACGGACCAACGGCCGCUGCUGCCGGUCUUUAUUUUCGACCCCCGGUUUUUGGAUCGUUCUUUCUACGGCCGCGUGACCGAUCCCAACUUUGAGAAGUCCAUCAAGACGCGGAAACCAGUGGACUUCUCUGGACGGAAGACUUGUGCUUUGCGCGCGCGCUUCUGGUUGCGCUGCGUGACGCGGAUGAAGCAAAGCAUCGCCUCAAAGGGUGGAGCCAUGCUGGUAUGUCACGGGAAGCCGGAAGAGGUCUUGGCCAAGCUGCCUGGGGGCUCCCUCGUCGUGUGUCAAAGCGAGCCAGUGUCUCCAGAGCAGACCGAUGUUGAGGAUCAAGUGGCCAAAGCCUUGUCGAGCCAUUGCGAGCUUUGGAGGAAAUGGGGCGCCAUGAGCCUUUACCACCGCAAGGACUUACCCUUCCCGUUGACAGAUGGACCGGGGAGCUACACCGAGCUCGCGCUCACGCUGGGCUGGGAGGACCUCUGGCGCUCCCCGGGCCGUACGGCAGACGCCACCCGAAUCCGACCUCCGGUGGCAGCGCCGGAGGUAUGGCCAAAGGUGGCCAAUCUCGAGCUUCCGGGCAUCAUGUCGGACUUGGUGUUGAACGAUGAGCGGGAGUCCUUGAAGUUCUUGGGUUACACUGCGGAAGAGAUUGAGGAGGCCAUGGCUCAAGAGCUUCCAGAUGCCGGUGAGGCAGCAGCCCAACAGUGCUUGGAACAGUGGCUGGCAAAACAGAGCGAAGAGCCCAAGGACCUGCAGGAGCCCGUCCUGUGGGACUUGCCGACAGGCUAUGGCCCAGCCAAGGGACAUGAUGCCUUACAGUGGGCUAAUCUGGCAAAGCCCGAUGGUUGGUUGAGAAUCUCACACUACAUGGCGGUUGGCUGCAUCUCAGCACGUGAAAUCUUAUCGCGCGCGGAGGAGUCGGUGAACUUCAAUGGCGUGGCGCAUCGUUUGCUCUGGCGAGAGCUGCACCGCCUCAACGCCAUCAGGUGGGGCCGCCGUCUCUUCUGGCUGCAGGGCCCGGGCCGCGUGGAGCGGCCUUGGUCCUGGGACUCCGCGGCGAUCGAGGCAUGGAAGGCUGGUCGCACGGGAGUUCCGUAUAUCGACGCAUGCAUGAGGGAGCUCAAGCAGACUGGCUGGCUGGCUUAUAAAGGUCGCAAGACUGCUGGCUUCUACUUUGUGUUUAUUCUGGGCCUAGACUGGCGUGUUGGCGCCUUUCACUUUGAGGAUGUCCUUAUGGAUUAUGAUGUGGCCAUGAACUAUGGAAACUGGGUGGUUGUGGCAGAGGUGGACAAGAGCAGCCGCGGGGCACAUGGCUUUAAAUCUGUACAGGAUCUUGCUGCAUGGAAGAAGGAAGAGUUUGAGUGGAAGCUAAGCGCAGAGAAGAAGAACGACCCGAGCGGGGAGUAUCUGCGAAAAUGGCUCCCGGAGCUCGGGAAGUUGGACGCGAAGCACAUCCACGAGCCCUGGGCCAUGUCGGAAGAGAUGAUGAACCGCUGUGGCUGUGUCCUGGGCCAGGACUACCCCAAGCCAUUGGGUGGGCCUUUCAGGAUGAGGGAAGAGGAGGAAGAAGAAGAAGAGCGUCGAUUCCAUCCCAAUGACAACAGUGGGAAUCGGUACACGUACAAAGAAUUCAUUGACUUCGCCAUGAGCAAGGGCUAUGAUGCAAAUUUUGGGAAGAAGUGUUGGGAGGAGGCUCGGCCGGUGGCCGCUUUGCAAGAGGAGAAUGAACAGCUUCGGCAACAGCUGCAGGCUGCAGAGCAUCAGCUUCGAUCCUUGCAGGGAGCCGCCUAGGAUGCCCGGAGUGCCUCAGGACCGUCCGUUGAUGCAGAAAACUGGGGAGCAUCAGCUUCGUUCUUGCCCCUAGUAAGGCCAGGAGCCCCUAGUAUAGCGAUGCCCUUUGUUCCUAGUAGCUUCUUGCCGAGGCCAUGGCCUUAAAACGCAUCUGUGGCAUUAUGAAAGAAGCUGAGCGAUUGAAUCGUGAAAGCAGGGCCUUUUCGAAGGCCUGGGUCUGGACCACUACUAGGGCGCUACUAAUAGCAUCUAAUAGCUAUAUAGUUUAAUAUGAUUUAAAUACCCCUUGCUCCCCCACCCCGUGAGAUGACCGAACAAUGUGUCUUUGCAACGCCACAGGAGUCCCAAGGAUCUUUUUUAAAGGAAGCACUAUGCCCACUAUGCCACCUGAUAUCUCACCAUCAAGUUGAGGUCCUGUACGGAUUGAUUUUGAGCUACGUGAUCGUCGUGCGACGUGUGAAUGUUAAAUUGAGGGGAGGUGCCAGGUGUCAAUCUGAGGCGUUUGGCCACACAGCGGGACGGAUUUCGGCAGUUGCGGCUUCAAGAUGGUUCCACCGUUCCACCUUCC